CAGUUAAGCAGUGGGAAGGGUCACAUGUGAGCGGGAGGGAGAGAGAGAGAGAGAGCGAAACAUCUCCCAUCUGUGUUUAUUCUCUUUACAGUGUAAGAAAGGCAGGCAACAGAGAAACAAGCCGCUUUGAUGAGCUCAGAUGGGAUUUUUACUGAUGGGAUGCGGUCCCUGCAGGAGAUGUCCAACCUGUGACUGCCUUGGCUAAUGAUCCUGUCUGAUCCUUGACGUCUGCGCUCAAAAACACACGCUCUUUCACCUGAGGAGUCCGUUUUCCAGAGUUUCCUGACUGGAGAAAGAUGUCUGAGCUCAGCUCGAAGAAACAGGGAUUUAAAAAAUGCCGGAGCGCCACUUUCAGCAUUGACGGCUACAGCUUCACUAUUGUGGCGAAUGAAGCUGGAGAGAGCAGCUCCAGACCUCUAGCACGCUUCGCACGUUCCAAGUCUCAGAAUGCUUUGUGGAACGCCAUCACAGCGGGCAUUGGGAUCAAGGACAAGGACAAGGACAAGCGGGGCAUCCUGAUUGACCCACGGAGCCCGGAGGAGAUUCUAGCUGAUGACCUGCCCACGGUCGACAGCCCUGACGCCAUGGAGAAGACUGCCAUCAGACUGAGAUGUUUGGUGAAGCAAUUGGAGAGAGGGGAGGCUUCUGUUGUCGACUUGAAGAAAAACCUAGAAUAUGCUGCAUCCGUGUUGGAGUCCGUCUACAUCGAAGAAACGAGGCGUUUGGUGGACACAGAAGAUGAGCUCAGUGACAUCCAGUCGGACUCGGUUCCCUCAGAAGUGCGCGACUGGCUGGCGUCCACUUUCACACGUCAGAUGGGGCUGAUGUUGAGACGCUCUGAGGAGAAGCCGCGGUUUCGCAGCAUCGUCCAUGCAGUGCAGGCCGGGAUAUUUGUGGAGAGAAUGUACCGACGGACCUCCAACAUGGUGGGCUUGAGUUAUCCUCCCAGUGUGAUCACAGCCUUGAAGGGCGAUAAGGAGGCAGAGCUCGGACUUCCUUUCUCUCCUUUAUGUGACCGCAAGUCUACAAUGGUGGCUCAGUCUCAGAUCGGUUUCAUUGAUUUCAUCGUGGAGCCAACCUUCACUGUGCUGACAGACAUGAUUGAGAAAAUCAUGACUCCAUUAAUCGAAGAGGCUUCACCCGCCGGCCUGGCUGGAUUCAGGCGCUCCAGUCUGAAUAACAUCCCGUCUGAUGGUAAACGGUCCAGUGUGAGAAGCACUGGUUCAGAGGGCGGCACUUCUGUCAACAGCUCCAUAAACGCUGUCGAUUUUAAGACCUUCAAAAGCACCUGGAAUGAGGAAGUACAUAAAAACCGAGAAAAAUGGAAAGCACAAGCCGCCAAAGAUCUAGAAGAAAAGGCCAAACAGGAAGAAAUGGAGGAGAACGAAAAGAAAAAGGACACGGACACGCAGAGCAGUGACGACAAUACUAAAACAGAAGACAAAAUCAACACAGACUCAAACGCCAAAUCUCCAGACAAACAGAAGGAAGACACAAGACCAGAGAAGGAUUCAAAGACAGAUCAAGAGGACUCCGGUAAAGCUAAAGUCGACAACAAGGAGCCCACAGAGCAGCAGCCCAGAGAAAAAGAGGGGAAUAAAGACCCAGGAGGGAUGAACGGAGCCCAAACACCGUCUGAUGGAAAAGAGCCUGAGACCAGCAGCGACACGGACAACAGCCAGCGUGUGCACAACGGGAGCGAGGAACUCAACUCUCCUGACAGUGACGACAGUGAAAGCAAGAGAUCAUACGUUUCGACUCGCCGCAAAUACCAUCUGGUGAGAUACAGUAAGAAACCCAGUUACUGCGCGAACUCAUAUUUACCGUCCAGACCGCAGAAAGAGGAGAGCAGCAGAGCCGCUGACCCGCGAGUCAAAGCCCGACACCUGCAGACCAUCUCUCUGAGACGAGGGAGGUGAACACACAUACACACGUUGGGGGUUUCAUCUUUUAUGAAACAUAUCCUUGAUUUAAUGACUUUUUUCAGGCUACUGUACACUGUCCACUUCCCUCAAUUCUACCCUGAUGUUGUUUUCAAAACAAACACUCGCCUUAGAGGAAAUAUUAUGCCUUUUUACGUUUUCAAAUUAGCCUACUUCAUUCUGUGGGAUUUAUGAGCCUUUUUCCUCAUAGGCAAAAAAAA